AUGGCUGUAAUUCUAUUCAUGUUUCUUCUCAGUGUUGUUUCACAGAACUUAGUGUACAUGAUGCCACCUACAGUUGGUCUCUCUUUGAGUUCAGAGAGUGACAAGCUGGCUUUACUUGCUUUGAAGCUUACCAAUGGAGUCGCCAAUGCUCUUCCAUCAUGGAACAACUCUCUGCAUUUCUGUGAGUGGCAGGGUGUUACAUGCGGACAUCGCCAUAUGAGAGUCUCUGUCUUGCACUUGCAAAAUCAAAACUGGGGUGGCACUCUUGGACCAUCUUUGGGAAAUCUAACCUUCCUCACAACCCUCAUUCUUUCCAACAUCAACAUGCAUGGGGAAAUUCCCACACAAAUUGGUCGACUAAAGAGGUUGCAGGUUCUUCACUUGAGCCACUACAGUCUAAAUGGUCAGAUUCCUGUGCACCUUUCUAACUGCUCUAAACUUGAGGUCAUUAACUUGUUGUACAACAAACUCAAUGGAAAACUUCCCUCCUCGUUCGGACUUGGAUCCAUGACACGGCUUAAUAAGUUGCUUCUUGGUGCCAAUGAUCUAGUCGGUACUGUCCCACCUUCCUUGGGAAAUCUUUCAUUGCUCCAAAAUAUCACAGUGGCAAGAAAUCAUUUGGUGGGAAGUAUACCACAUGUUUUGGGCCGAUUGUCAAAUUUGAAGGAGCUGAAUCUUGGUUUAAAUAAUCUGUCAGGAGUAGUGCCUGAUUCUCUUUAUAACCUUUCCAAUAUUCAAAUUUUUGUUCUCGGGGUAAACCGGUUAUCUGGUACUCUUCCAUCAAAAAUGCAACUUGCUUUUCCAAACCUUAGAGCAUUCUUUGUUGGAGAUAACCAGUUGAAUGGAGCUUUCCCGUCUUCAAUAUCCAACAUCACCGGAUUGCAAGCGUUUGAUAUCUCCUUAAAUGGUUUCAGUGGGCCAAUUCCUCCCACUUUGGGAAGCUUAAACAAACUCGAGACGUUUAGCAUUUUGGAUAAUAGAUUUGGAAGUGGGAGCGCUCAAGAUUUAGAUUUCCUUUCCUCUUUAACCAAUUGUACUCAAUUGAAGAUACUUCUUUUGGGUUGGAAUGAAUUUGGUGGUGUGUUUCCAGAUCUUAUUGGCAAUUUUUCUACCAAUCUCACUUCGCUCAGUAUGGAGUGCAAUCAAAUAACUGGAAAGAUACCUGAAGGAAUUGGACAGCUAAUUGGUUUAACUAGCUUUGUCGUGCCUAAUAAUUAUCUUGAGGGAAGCAUUCCAGAUUCAAUUGGAAAGCUAAAAAAUCUAGUAAGAUUAGUCCUGCAAGAAAACAAACUGUCUGGUAAUAUUCCUACAGCCAUUGGCAAUCUUACCAUGUUGUCUGAACUUUAUCUGCACACAAAUAGAUUGGUUGGAGGCAUUCCAUUGAGCCUCAAAUACUGCACGCGAAUGCAGUCAUUUGGUGUUUCCUCCAACAACUUGAGUGGAGAUAUCCCUAAUCAAACAUUUGGCAAUCUAGAAGGUUUGAUAAAUCUUGACUUAUCCAACAACUCUUUCACCGGUUCCAUUCCUUUAGAGAUUGGAAACUUGACGCACCUUUCCGUACUAUAUCUAAACGAAAACAAGUUGUCUGGUGAAAUUCCUGCCAAACUUGCGGCUUGUUCCGCAUUAACAGAACUCAUGUUGCAGAUAAACUUUUUCCGAGGAAGCAUACCUUCGUUCUUUGGCUCUUUAGGAUCCCUGGAAAUCCUAGACCUUUCUAACAACAACUUCUCAAGCACAAUCCCUGUUGAACUACAAAAUCUGACUUUUUUGCAUGCUUUGAACUUGUCUUUUAACCAUCUUUAUGGUGAGGUUCCUAUAGGAGGAGUCUUUAAUAAUGUUACAGUAAUUUCACUCAUUGGAAAUAAGGAUCUCUGUGGUGGGAUACCUCAACUGAACCUUCCUGCAUGCUCUAAGUUGCCCUCAAAGAAACGCAAGUGGACGUGUAGAAAGAAACUCAUCCUCAUCAUUGCAAUUGAAGUUGGAGUGUAUUUGGUUGCUUUUACAGUGUUUAUCAGCAUCUAUUUGUUCAGGAAAAGGCCCAAAACACCAUCGACUUCAUGUUCUCCUGAAAAUGAGUACGUAAAGGUUUCUUAUGGAGAUCUGCAUAAAGCAACCAAUGGAUUUUCUUCAUCCAAUUUGGUUGGUUCUGGAGGCUUUGGUUCUGUAUAUAAUGGAUAUCUUCUCCCUUUCCAAACACCUGUUGCUGUGAAGGUAUUGAAUCUUGAAACAGUUGGGGCGUCAAAGAGCUUCGCAGCUGAGUGCAAGGCUCUAGGAAGGAUCAUGCAUCGGAAUCUUCUCAACAUCUUGACUUGUUGUUCAAGUAUUGAUUAUAACGGUAAAGAUUUCAAGGCUAUAGUUCUCGAGUUCAUGCCUAAUGGAUGUCUAGAAAGUUUGCUGCACGACAAAGUAGAGCCCAAAUCUAGAAAUUUCAACCUCGACCUUGAUCUUGUGGUAAAUAUUGCUCUUGACGUUGCUAAUGCAUUGGAUUAUCUUCAUCAUGAUUCUGAGGAAGCCGUAGUUCACUGUGAUAUUAAGCCAAGCAAUGUUCUUCUUGAUGAUGACAUGGUUGCUCACUUGGGUGAUUUUGGGUUAGCAAGACUCCUUCAUGUGGCGACGGGAAAUUCCAGCAGAGAUCAAGUUAGUUCGUCUGCAAUUAGAGGAACCAUUGGAUAUGUUCCACCAGAGUACGGAACAGGGUGUGGAGUAUCAACUAAAGGAGAUAUCUACAGCUAUGGAAUUCUUGUGUUGGAAAUGAUGACAGGAAGGAGACCAACAGAUGCAAUGUUUGGUGAGGGUGUAAGCCUACACAAAUUCUGCCAAGUGGCAAUUCCAGAAGGAAUAACUGAGAUUGUGGAUUCACGUUUGGUUGUGGAAACUGGUGAAGAAGGAAGAAGGGUGAUGGAAACAGAAAUUAGGGAGUGUUUGGUUGACUUAGUUAGGAUUGGAGUUAGAUGUUGUGCAGAAAAACCUGUUGAGCGAAUGGACAUAAAAGAUGUGGUACUGGAGUUGGAUACAAUCAAAGAGAGACUGUCACUGAGUCAAUAG